UACGCUUGGACUGGUUAUCACAAGCGUCGCUUGGAUCGAGGGGGCGGGGUGGGGGCGCCCCUCAACGACGCGCCAUGCAUAUCAAUUAAUUAGCCGAGGUGGUGGGCCGUAUUGUCUUUUUACAUUUCGGCUGGGCGGCGGAUUGGGUAAUAUGGCAUUGAUUGCGACAAAAGACAAGAGUGGAAAUUAUAUAUUGCAAAUCGCGGGCACAUUGUCCACACCGUGGCCGAAUUGAUUCCAAGCCAGUUGAAUGCCGUGUGGGAAAGCGUGAGGUGCUCCAGCUCCGCAGGGGAACAUCAAUUAGCUAAAUCGAACCAGCUGCCAUGUGCAAAUACGUCUUAAUUGCAGUCGCCCUAAUGCUGCAGCUGUGCCGCGUGCAGGCGACCUUUGACUUCUCGAAUGUGGAUCUGGUCAAUUUUGAAUACUUCAAGAAUCUGGACCAGGCCAAUCCGCUGCUGGCGCACUUCCAGAAGAAGAAGGCCGUCCUCGACUAUAUGGAGCGCCUCUUUCUGGGCAAUUCACCCUUCCAGCAGCCCAGCGAAAUACCCUUCGAUCCGCACUUCGGCCGCGCCUGGCGUCCCGCCUACGAGCGCAAGUUCGGGCGUCGCGGCGAGCGGCUGAUCGCGGCGCUCGGCUCCGGCUACUCGCUGCGCCAGCUGCGACACUUUGGCGCCAUACCCAGAGAAUACGGCACGACGAGCUGAGUUAUAAAAAGUGUAGUGUAUUU